AACAAAAUACUCUUUUUUAGGUAUCUGGCUACCGGAGAUACAUUUUAUACAAUAGGCCAUAGUUUUAGAGUCGGGUUUUCGACUGUAAGUGCCAUAGUUGUAGAAGUUUGUGAAGCUUUAUGUAGAAAUUUGCAACAUAUUUACUUGCCCGAACCAACUACAGAAAUAUGGAAAAAAUCUGAAGAAGGUUUUAGAAAUACCUGGCGAUUCCCAAAUUGUAUUGGUAGCAUCGAUGGCAAGCAUGUUACUAUCAAGUGUCCAGACAAAACAGGAUCUAAUUAUUGGUGUUAUUUGAAUAAGUUUUCUACAGUAUUAAUGGCUAUUGUUGGCCCAGAUUAUAGAUUCAUUUCAGUUGAUAUUGGCGGUUUUGGUAAAAACAGCGACGGUGGAAUAUUCGAAGCUUCCAACAUGGGAAGAAGAUUUGAAACAAAUCAGAUGGGUGUACCUGAGCCGAAAAAUCUCCCAGGCCAGAAUGAACUUUCCCCCCAUGUCUUAAUUGGAGACGAAGCCUUUGCACUAAAACCAUACUUGUUGAGGCCCUUUCCAUACAGUCAAAGCAGAACAGAUAUUUUCAAGGAAAAUUAUAAUGUGAGGCUCUGUAAAGCGAGAAGAGUAGUAGAAAACGCUUUUGGAAUAUUGGCACAAAAAUGGCGUAUAUUCUACAGACCAAUGGAAACAAAAAUUGAUACUAGUAUUCUUAUUGUGAAAACUGCAUGUAUUUUGCAUAAUUUUCUAAGGACAAAAAAAUGUGAUGAUAGAUUCAUAGAACUUUUAGAUCCACCAGAGCCUGAACUUGGAGCAUUUCAAAAUUUGGACAAUGACCCAAGGAGAGCUGCAAGACUGGCAUUUUCUGUUCGAGAAAAAUUUGCCACGUAUUUUAAUUCAGGACUAUGAAUAAAUUGUUCACGAUGAAAAUAAUGGACUCUUCUUGCAGUAAAUAUAGUAUUGUUUAGGCCUCUGCUUUUCUUUAGUCUUAGAUGUAGAAAAAUAAACCAAUACAAAUCGUAAAACUACUCACCA